GAAACAAAGGAAACCCCAGCAUCCUCUUGACCCAGCUCAAGAGAAGAAAUCUGGUCUGGACUUCACGCAGCAGACUUAUCAGACACUGAAGUGUGAGGGCAGUAUCGUGAUAACUGCGGUUCUUUCUUGCGGACUUUAGUUACCUGAUAAAAGUCAGGUGCAGGAACGAUGUCCCGAGCGGUUUACUGUGGGAACUUCGAGUAUGAGGCUCGGCAGUCGGAGAUCGAGCGGCUGUUCGACCGGUACGGUCGGAUCUCACGGGUGGACAUGAAGACUGGUAUGAUAAUCGCUUUUUCUGCUUAUAUCUCCUUUCUAGCACUCACGGAAGAGUUUGUUUGAGAGGCUCAGUUAAACUGCAGGUCUAUGGGAACAACGAACCGGACACCGCGUCUGGACAUCCCUAUUGCCAGCAGUUAGCAGUUCCUUCGGACAACAUAAAAUUCCGAGCACACAACAUGGCACGAGACAUCCGACAUUUGGCAUCGCAGCAAGCAAGCACACAACACGGCAUGAGACAUCCGACAUUUGGCAUCGCAGCAAGCACAACGUGAUGAGCCAUCUCAGCUUCCGGCUAUGGUGGUUCUGGAUGUUCUCACGCGCUGGAUGCACGCGCGUUCGGGCACUAGCCAGCGACAGAGGCCAAUAUAGACAACUGUGGCGCCACUUUUUCUCUGCUCUUCCACGCAUGCGUCGUGUCCAUCCGGUCCAACCGUGCUCAGUGCAAAUGCAUGACAACCCACCGCUCGUUCAGAGACCAACCUAGGCAGAGGACAGAGAUUCAGCCUGUCAUCGUUCACACGGUCAACUAGCACAUCUGUCCUAUCCCGGGUGCUUCGCGUUUGUGUACAUGGACGACGAGCGCGAUGGUGAUGAUGCCAUCCGGGCUCUAGACGGCAUGGAGUUCGGUAGGCAACGCCGACGCCUUCGCGUUGAAUGGGCCAGGGGUGAAGGCCCAGUGAAGCAAAGAGAGGUAGAACGUAGGAACUCCAAGCCAUCGAAGACCCUAUUUGUUGUUAAUUUUGACCCUAUUAACACCCGAACCCGCGACUUGGAGAGGCACUUUGAACCCUAUGGCAAGCUGGUUCGAGUCCAGAUUCGCAAGAACUUCGCAUUUGUGCAAUAUGAGACAAUUGAGGAGGCUGAAGCAGCAGUUAAAGGAACUGAUGGAAGCUCCGUUGAUGGUCGCCAAAUUACUGUAGAAUUUGCUGCAAGAGAGGACAGCUUUGAUGACGACAGGCCAGCGCGUCGAGGAAGCCCUGACUAUGGCCGCAGCAGAGGGAGUCCGGAUUACGGCCGGCGCCGGGGCAGCCCGGACUAUGGUCGCUAUGGAAGCCGUUCACCGCCUCGCCGUGGGCGCAGCCGCACACCCAGCAGGAGUCGCAGCAGGAGCCGAAGCGCGAGCAGGUCCCCUCGCCGUUCCCGUUCACCCCGACGCUGAUGGGUUUACCUUGAGUUGGACUUGUAAAUGCCUAGCUGGCUGAAACAUGUCCAUCCAAGCCAGCAGUCCUUGAUUUUCAGUGUCAUCUGUAGUGCAACCUUCUAUUUUGACGUUCUCUGGCUGACUCAUACGCCUCUGCUGUGCAACAAACGUUGGCUUGUUUGUUUAGCCCUUCUGAAAUGUGCAUGUUG